AACCCAUAGCCUUUGUUGAACCAAGUAACAUGUAUAAAUUUACGGAGAACUUAGAGCGAAAUGUUAGCCGUUGGAUUUUAGCCAAAAUCCCAACUUGCAAAUUUAUAAUUCCAACUUUGACACUUGAAAUCAUCUCAAAAUUAAACCCAAAGACACAAAAGGAAAAAAAAUAUAGUUGAAUAUGCAAUCAAGCUCGCCUACUCCAUGGCAAACUUGCUACUAUCCUGUCCCUAAACGCUUUUGUACUCCACAUCCGCAUCUUCUCUGUAAUCAUUCCUCCCAUCUGCAAUUCCCAUUGACGCUGCAGCUUCACAAAAAGCCUAUCUUCACCGCAACAAAUAGAUGCACAAAAGAACAAGACCACAGAAAGAACCCGAAUAACACCCAAUACCACCACCCGCAAAAGAAUCUUUCUUUUCCCCAAGAACUUGGCUCUUCUGCCGAAUCCCGAAAAUCCCAGAAUAAGGGGAAAUUAGAAAUUUCGUAUAGUGAUUAUUAUACCCAUUCAGGCUUUUAUUCAAACAUGUGGUGGGGUGAAUUGAAAGCUGCGUUAGGGCAGAGGAUUAACUUGGAGGGCAUUUCUUCUUCAGUUGGGAUUGUGGCUAAAGACAAGCAAUUGGUUGUCCCCCAUAUUGCGGUGCCGGAUAUAAGGUACAUUGAUUGGGCUGAGCUGAAGAGAAGAGGGUUUAAAGGUGUUGUCUUUGAUAAAGACAACACACUUACUGCUCCUUAUUCUUUGAGUUUGUGGCCACCUCUUGGAUCCUCAGUGGCACUAUGUAAAUCUCUUUUCGGCGACAAUAUAGCGGUAUUUAGCAAUUCGGCUGGACUUGAGGAGUAUGACCCUGAUGGUAAAAAAGCUAAAGCGCUUGAGGCUGCUAUUGGCAUUAAAGUAAUUAGGCACAGGCUGAAGAAGCCAGCUGGAACAGCGGAGGAAAUUGAAAAGCAGUUUAACUGUGAAUCCUCAAGACUUAUAAUGGUUGGUGAUCGACCCUUUACAGAUAUUGUCUACGGUAACAGAAAUGGUUUCUUCACCAUUUUGACCGGACCAUUAAGCCUUGAAAAGGAACCAUUCGUUGUGCAGCAGGUUCGGAAGCUUGAAGUAGCCCUUGUGCAUCAAUGGUCGACUGGAAAGGUGAAGCUUUUGAAUCAUCCUCUCGUACCAACCCCUGAUCAAUGUGUAAAAGAUCAACCUUUAUGAUAGAUGUGCUGGUAUAGUGACAUUGUUGUACAUAGUAGUCUUAAUUCUUGUUAGCAGAAGAGAUAUAUCCGUCAAAAUCGGAUUCAAAAAUGUUUGUGUUUGAAAGUGAGAAUCUCAUAAUAGAAGUCCAGUUUUCAUGUCCUUGUUAGUCUACACAGCGAAAUCUGUUGAGAAUUACUCAGCAGAUAUUAUGUUUAAGAUUGAUUUUUCCCGGCAUUCGCCCUUGAUCAUUGAAAAUUUUUGGUAAAAAAAAAAAGGGAUCCUAAGUAUUAUCUGUGUUCUGAACUUCAGAUACUCCCACAUAUUCUUGAUGAGAUUCUUUGUCCCACAAUUGUUUCAGUGGCACUUUCUUCAAACUAUGCUGUCUUAAAAUGAUGUAUGGUUGACUUGUGGCUUGUGACUCACAGUUUGAUUACCGAAGGAUCUGAUCUACACUUUACCGUCAAUAAGAAAACAUAGGAGAGAUACUAAUGAAGUCAAAGGUCAGAGGUAGACAGGUCCGCGGCUGGCCGUUAUUGUUGAGGUACCAAACUAACAGAUUCCUUGGGGAAAAAACUGCUAUGACAGUCUAGGUAGUUGGAGGAAAGCGACUGCUAGUGACCUAAAUAGAUGAAUGUGCUUAAGAAUGCAGACAGAUUCCGGACCGGGAUUAUUUUUAUCACUACCUUAAACUAAUGUGCUUUCCACAUUCUAAUGGUCU